AUGUCCCCUACCUCGAACACGGUUGAGCUAGAAAUUACGAUCCCAGAAGGUUCAAACCCUGGAGAUAUUCUGAGCGUGGAGGUGAAUGGCGAGAUGCUGGAAGUCACAGUGCCAGAGGGUGCUACGGGUGGCACAGUCAUCACCAUUGACGUCCCAACUGAUGAUGCAAAUGCAUCACCGUCGGCAUCAUCUCCGCAUGCCCAGGAUGACACAGCCCGUGCUCUCGGAGAGAACAAGGCAACUACGCCAAGUGACCCUGCUCAGGCAGGACACGAAGUCGUUGUGGAUGCCGCCCCUGCAGAAAAGCCAGGGACAGAGCAGGAGGAUGUGGCCAUCGCACCUGUGGUUGGACCAGCAGUUCAACCAGAUGUUCCAAAGCCAGCAGAAGCUUCUUCCCAGGAACGAUCCUCUGUCGCUGCAGACACUCCCAGCACUAAAGAAACACCAGCACUCGAGCGGAAGGAGGAUGUGGCCAUCGUGCCUGCGGUUGAGCCAGCAGUUCAGCCAGACGUCCCAAAGCCAGAAGAAGCUUCUACCCAGGAACGAUCCACUGUUGCUGCAGACCCUCCCAGAACUGCAGAGACAGCAGUACUUGAGCAGAAGGAGGAUGUGGCCAUCGUGCCUGCGGUUGAGCCAGCAGUUCAGCCGGACGUCCAAAAGCCAGAAGAAGCUUCUAUCCAGGAACGAUCCUCUGCUGUUGCAGACCCUCCCAGCACUGCAGAGACACCAGUACUUGAGCAGAAGGAGGAUGUGGCCAUCGCACCUGUGGUUGAGCCAGCAGUUCAAGCAGACGUCCCAAAGCCAGAAGAAGCUUCUACCCAGGAUCCGUCCUCUGUCGCUGCAGACCCUCCCAGCACUGCAGAAACAUCAGCGCUCGAGCAGAAGGAGGAUGUGGCCAACGUACUUGCGGUUGAGCCGGCAGUUCAGCCAGACGUUUCAAAGCCAGAAGAAACUUCUACCCAGGAUCCAUCCUCUGUCGCUGCAGACCCUCCCAGCACCGAAGACACACCAGCACUCGAGCAGAAGGAGGAUGUGGCCAACGUACCUGUAGUUCAGCCAGACGUUUCAAAGCCAGCUGAGGAGCACAGAGCUGCGCAAGCGGUUCAAUCGUCUACCGCGCUCGAUGUCAUGCCAAGGGAUGAUCAUCAACCAGCCACGCAGGACGAAGCACAUCUUUUGCCAUUUUCGCCCACAGAAACUCGACCCGUCGAACGGCAAGCUACAACCAUAGAAGUUGGCAUCACCGUUCCUGUUGGAUGUUCACCGGGUGACACCUUCCAUGCAGACUGGAAUGGU